AUGAGGGUACGAAAGGAAAUUCACAUAUUGGUCGACGCGAGUCUGAAGAUGCACGUCAAAAUCGAUCAUCAGAAGACGCCAAUGAACAAAGUGAACAAUUUUCUGUUACAUUUGGCAAAAAUGAGUGAUUUGCAACCAGCUUACUUUGGCAGAGUUCAUAUUCAUAUCGGAGACGUCUACAUUCCAGUCGAGGAAGGAAAAGCGGAGAAGAUGAUUCGAGAUGCAGAGAAAGUGAUGAACGAUGCAUCGAAAGAGAAUGAUCUUCUGUUUUUCUGGAAUUCAGUUCUCAGUGGCGACGGAAACGACGACAACUUGUUUUUCAUUAUCUCCUCCGUUGUGGACGAUAGAUUACUUUCUAUGUUCGAGAAUUAUAAGAAUAAGCUCAUUUUCCUGGAUUUUUCCGGGAAAAAGAUCGAUAUUUCUCCUGAACAUAAAAGACUAGUUCAUGUUGUCAAGCAUCGCGACGUGAAGAAAUGUGCUAAGAAGAUUCAUAAAAGAUUUCUCAGUGAAUACUUGACGACAGUCAAUUUCGGAUUCUUGAUGAAAACUGAGUUCUUCCCAGUUCUAUUGCACGAGGAAGAUGAUUAUGAUCUGGAAAGUAUCAAAGUCAUCGCAACUUCCACUUUCCAACCUUUGGAGUCGAUUUCUAUUUUGGCCAAAGGAUUCAUUAUGCCAGUUGACCAGUGCUACGAUAAGAAAGGCACAAAAGUGAAUAGUGCAGCUGCAUAUAAGAUUCUGAAAGCAUUGCUUGGCGAAGAGAUCAACCCAAAAGUGAAGGAAGAAGAUACAAGUCUGGAUGCCAAUAAGGAUGACAGCGUAACCAUCAUUGAAGAUGAGAGCAGAGCGGAAAAAGUAGAAGAGGCUACCGCUGAAGUCAAACAAGAAGUAAAGGAAGAAGUAAUGGAGGAAGAUGAAAUCAAAGAAGAGGAAGUCAAGGAAGAAAAAGUCAAAGAAGACGUUGAAGAAGAAGUCAAGCCAGUUCUCACAACUCCAGCAAAAAAAUCCAGAAAAAGGAAAGCAAUAGGUGAUGAUGAUGACGACGACGACGAUGAGGAGUACACACCCACAAAACGGAAGUCCACAAGAAAACCUGCGAAAGCUUCUGGACGCGGUGGAAAACGGAAGGCUGUAAAAGAGCAUUCUCCUGCUAGUGCUAAGAAGGCAGCGACGCCUGGAAGAGGUAGAAAAGCAAAAAAAUUAGUGGAAGAGGAGCCUGAGAAGGAAGAUGAACCUAUGGAAGAAGAACAAGCUGAGGAACCGGAGAAGGCUGAGGAGAAGACUGAAGAGCAGCAAGCUGAUACAAAAGAAGAAGUGAAACCAGCUGAAGUGGUUGAGGAAAUUCCUGAACCCGUGUUCCUUGUUGCGUGUGCUUCAGAACGUCACACUGGUAUUCGUCGUCCAGUCAUUCUUAGACUUCGUGGGCUCGAACAGCAAGACAAAACUUACUACGAUGAGGAGACACGCAAGUUGAAAAUAGCAGAAAAAGCAGCAGCCGCUGAAGCAGAAGCAGCUGAACAAGCAGCUAAAGAAGAAGCUGCAAGACAAGAAGCUGCAAGACAAGAAGCAGCAAACAUGGAGUAUGCACAGCAAAUGGCAAUGUUAAGGCAGUAUGAGUACGAGAGGGCACAACAAAAUGCUCCAAUGGCUACUCCAAUGGAAGACGAUUCUCCAGAAAGUCCACCACCAUACGACUGUCCAGCUUCUCCAGACAUGGCUCCAGCUACGGCACAAGAUGUGAAGAUCAUUCCAACAAUUGCAACUAUUCCACUGGAACCAGAAGCUCAAGAACCAGAAGAACCAGAUGAACCAGACGAACCAGAAGAACCAUCCGGUGACGUUGACUUCAGAACAACAACUCCAAUAAAGAUGAUUCCGUUGGAAGCAGUUGGGACAGAAGAGAGCUCCGACAAGUCAGCCGAUCAGGGCUCCGACAAGUCAGCCGAUCAGGGCUCCGACAAGUCAGCCGAUCAAAAUGAACUGAAUGUCUCUAGUGAAUCAGCCGACAACUCGGGAGGAAUUGAGUUAAAAGAAUCAACUUGCAUUGUAGACGAGUCAGACGUUCCAGAAGAGCCGGAAGAUUUGCUCAAAGUUCAAAACACACCAGUCAAGACUAUUCCAGUUGAUAGUUGUGUCAAAGCUAACGACGGUGAAAACCAAAGUGAAUCGGUUGAAGAGGCUGCAGUGAAAGAAGAGGAUGAGAAAUACAUCGAAGUUAUUGUGCUCAACAUGACAUGGGAGAAGUUCAGAGAACAAGUUGCAUUAGCUGACGAUGAGGAAGCUAUUGAAGAACUGACCGAGCGGGAACUCGAAAUGCCAGGAGUUGAACCAAUGCAUGAUUACACAAAACUCACCGGAUGGUAUUCCUCGGAAGCAAUGCAAUUCUACCUCAACAAGUUGUUCAGAGCAAUGCGUAAGCUACAUGAUAGACGUCCUCUUUAUGACAACGAGAUCAGAAACAUGAAGCAAAUGGUGCAGUAUGGGCAGAGUGCAAAUCUUGCUUGGAACUUUUCUAUGUUGUUGCGAGAUGAGGAUAACGUGGUUCCAGAAGAUUUUCUUCCUCUACUGGAGAGUACCGCUCAGGAGUUUGACAAGUUGUACUAUGAGAUUUCAAAACGGUCGCCGAUGAGAAGACCAGCUUUGCCAAGACGUUUCCAGCAUCAUCACCCGCUUCAUCACCAGCCUCAUUAUUCUCCUCACUAUCAAUCGGCACAACAGCAUGCAAGACACGCGUACGGACACAAUCCUCAGCAUUACAAUUCUCCUCACCAUGGUUCACCACAUAGUUCUCCCCACCAUGGUUCGCCACACAAAAAGUAUCAACAACCUCAGCAUCAUUAUUAA